UCAUUUUAAGCUCUUUAAUUGGCAAAUACGCCUAACAGUCAACUGGCGAGGGUUUCUCAUUGGGCGGCGCGUUCAAAUGACUGAUCCCGCCUUUUCCGCUGAAUCUGUGUCUGUGUGGGAAGGAGGAUGACAUAAUAACAAGCAGGACCGUGAUAUAUAGUGUUUCCAAAAUGGCAGCUUCAGUUGCUCCGCAAUCCCCUGGUUCCCCACUGCAGAUUGUUGCUCUCCUGAGCAAAUCUUUUCCACAGCUCCCCAGCCCACGAAGAAGGAGACAUGGCGGGCGUGCCAGGAGCCAUUGGAAUACCACCAGCUUGACCGGGGAGGACUGGAGCUCAUACAGUCUUUCUUCAGCUACCAGCAAUAUGUUGCGCUCACCCCUGGAAUAUGCCAGUGGCAUACCUACCCCAGAUGAUGCCAUCCACUGUCUGCCGUCAUAUGUGCGCAGUUCAAACCGAGCCGUGCUUACUGUGAACACUAAAAGCACACAGAUUUUGAUGGCCAAUGAUAAAGCCUGCAGACUGUUUGGGUACAGUAGUCUUGAGUUGAUUGGCAUGAGUCUAUCCAUGCUGAUCCCUGCAUCCAGCCACAGAAUCUCUGAGGCUCUAGAAGGGGAGCUUGCAAAGGCUGAUGGGAUUGCUCGGGUACCUGGAGAAGUGGUAGAAGCCAUGCGGAAUGGGGGAGAUGUGAUUGUGUUAUGUCUGUGGAUAAGCCGAGUAGAAAACCAAUGUCUGCUACAAUUGGAGACUCUACAAACAAUCACCACUGUUUUAUCAUUCCAGCAGGAUGGCAAGAUCGUGUCGUGUGAUCCGACUUGUGCACAGCUGUAUGGGUAUAUGGACCCUGAAGAGCUAUUAGGGCAGCACAUUACAUUCUUGAUGCCAGCAGUUCAUAUUCCCCAUCACAAAAAAGAAAUGUCGCAGAACAUCCAGCAACAGAGGGUUGUGGGUGUGACACGUGACGGGGCAACUUUCCCUCUCUGCUUGAAUUUGAUAGAAGACUUUGGUGAAGGUGUGUCCCCGGUGGAAGAAUACUAUGCCAGCCUCAGCGUCCUGUCCUCUAUCAGCGGAUUGAUCACUCUUCUUCCAGAUGGAUCCAUUCAGGAGCUAAAUGGAACGUUCUCACGGUCUCUUUUUGGAUAUGAAAGGGCACAGCUGUUGGGAAAGAACAUUACAUUUCUGAUUCCUGGAUUUCACCACUACAUGCGUAGUGCAGAGGAAGAGUCAUCACUGCCGGUACCUCCUGAGGAGAGGAAAGCCAUGAGCAAGUCAUGUGACAUUCUCUGCAACGGUGCUGCUGAUGUAGAGAAGUGUGUACAGAAAUGUAAGUCUGAGGAUCCACUGGCUUCUGGGGGUGGAUAUCCACAUCACGCUUGUUGUAUUGUAGCAAGUCCAUCGUCGACUCAAUCCACAAGUAAAGAUAUUGGACAGGAUAAAGCGACUUCCUCAUCCCUUACUGACCACUGCACCCUUUCCAUGCCUACCUUCUGCCAGUCUCCUGGAACCCCUACACAGGACGAGCCAUGGGAGGGAGGCAAAGCAGCGGGCAGAUGUGCAUUAAAUGAUCUUCUUCCUGGCGUAGGCAUGGAGCUGGACUUGUCACCUCUCACCCAUUGCCUAAAAAGCAUGAACCUAACUGGCAUCAAUGGUCAACAGAAAACUCCAUAUGUUAAGAAAUCCUCCCAUUCUUCUGGUGCUUGCCCCGGCACGGGGCAUGAUGAAUACUCUCUGCCUCUUCACUGUACCUCAGAGCGGAACACAAUGCAACCUCCUCCUUUUUCUAUUGACCGUACUUCACCAGUCACCGUUCAGGUGGCACCACUACCUAAUUCUCCAGUAUUAACCACAGUGGGACUUUCCAAAUGCACUGAUCCUAAUGCACACACUCACCAGGUUGCUCCAUUAUUAACAGCAGGUGGUACACAGUCUAAUAACUGCACUAACACAGAAGAAUCUUCACCCUGUAAUGAUAACUCACCCCUAAUCUCAGGCCCACCCCCACUAUUCCACAGCAGCCCUGUUAUGUGUGUACCAGAGUUUGUUUCACCAGAAAACUCUCCUUUAAACACAACCCCCCCACCACAUAACUUGUCACACUUAGUACUAUGUCCUCAAGAAAGCACCAGGAAUUCAGAGUGGAACACUGAUGAAGUACCUUUCAUUAACAUUGAACACAUGCACCCUUUCCCUAUUACAACAAGUUUGAGCCCAUUGCAUGCACAUUGCUCUAGCAAUGCACACCCGGAGCAAGAUGUUGAUGGACCUGGCUGUGACUCAUCCAGCAGAUACCCUGAAAGACAAUUAAGCCAGGAUGAUGGAGAGCAACUUUUAAAAGAGGCGUUUUCCCAGGUUACAUCCACCCCUGUUAAGGACGGAUGUCCCCUUUCCUUAGUCCUGCCUGAAAACCAUGGGCAUGCCGUUGAUCUAGCACCUCCUUCUGUCAACUGUGAAAUUAAAGAAGGGAUUUUCACUGGAAGCUGCUAUCACCAGGAUGGUUCCAGACUGUAUAUUCAGUUUGAAGUGCAUGCCGUACACACCGCCGGCAUUCCUUUAUUCAAUGUUUGGAUAUCUAAAGAUUUGAUGCAGGGACAGAGAGAAGCAAUUGCCAGAACCCGACUUCUGCUCUCCAGUUUGGCGAGUUCAUCCCAGUCGCUUCUGGAGCAGUCUGAGCGCAGUCUGGGAGAGCUGAUCCGCAGCAACGCUGAAGCCGGGCAGUGCACAGAGAUACAGGAUCUCCAGACGUUAGGCGCCUGUGACGGCCCGUAUGACCAACAAUAUGAGACACUCUUUCCUCUUGGAAAAGGAGCCUUUGGCUUUGUGUGGUCUGCAAAAGACAGGGAAGAUGCAAAGGAGGUUGUAGUGAAAUUUAUCCGUAAGGAUCGAGUGCUAGAUGACUGUUGGGUGCAGGACACUGAACUGGGGAGAGUCACUCAGGAAAUUGCUAUUUUGUCCAGGUUACAGCACCCCAAUAUUAUUAGGGUCCUGGGGGUCUUUGAGAAUUCCACAUUCUUUCAACUAGUGAUGGAGCUCCAUGGCGACGCUCUUGACCUUUUUGACUUUAUUGAUAAUCAGCCCAAUUUGGAUGAACCUCUUGCCAGUUAUAUCUUUCGACAGUUGGUGUCAGCUGUGGGGUAUCUACACAGUCACUAUAUUUUACAUCGUGACAUUAAAGAUGAAAAUAUAAUAAUUGCUCCUGACUUCACAAUAAAGCUGGUUGACUUUGGUUCUGCGGUCCAUUUACAUCCUGGAAAACUGUUCCUGACAUUCUGCGGCACCACAGAAUAUUGUGCACCAGAGGUGCUACUCGGAAACCCGUACCCAGGCCCAGAGCUGGAAAUGUGGUCUGUAGGGGUAACUCUGUACACACUGAUAUUUGGAGAGAAUCCCUUCUGUGAGGUGGAAGAGAUCCUGGAGGCAGAACUGAACCCUCCAUUCUCUGUAUCCCAAGAAUUGAAGGUUCUUAUAUCUGGUCUUCUCCAACGUGAUCCAGAUAUGCGCAUGACUCUGGAUGAGCUCUUCAGAGACCUUUGGGUGACACAGCCUGUAAACCUUGCAGAAUAUACAUGGGAAGAGGUGUACCCACCUGCCAGCUCCCAGAAAGGCGAGAACCAGCUCAUACUAGGAGAUGAAGCAUUCAGACCGUUUCCCAUCAGUUACAGCAGUGAAUGGAAUGGAGAGAUUGGGAGUCGGACAGAGUGAUUAUGAUGGCUCCAGAUGAAGCAAAAGCAGCCAUAUAUCUCUGGAUGUGUGACGCAUGCACACGACUUGGUGAUAUACAGAGACCUAAAUUUCAUUGGGAUUUUUUAUGCAUCACUAAUAAAUGAGAAGAUGUAGAUGCCAGCAUUAACAUCCAGCCUACUUUCCAGUGCUUGGGAUUGUGCCCUGCUACUGGCUGUCACAGACCUAUCACACAGCACAGCACUUACCAGUAUUUAUGGCUGCCUGCUACUAGGGAAUGGCCUCCACCAAGACUAUCGGUGCUUCAUUCAUGUUGGUAGCAAUGGCUGGCUGCCAGGGGAAUGCAGUCUCUUUCAAGUUAUAUAGAGGCGUAAUAAUAUAUAGUAUUGAUGAGAUUUGUAGCACAGUUGUAUGGGUAUCCAGCCAGAAAACGAAAUGUUAAUUGUGUGUGUGGAAAUAUUAUUCCUCAUUGUCCUCAAAUGUAGAGACUUCACUCUGAUGGGGCGUAUUUCAUAUUUUCCAUUCACCCUAACAAAUUUAGAUGUGUUGAUCAGGAUCUGGGUGGUAUUUCCUGGCUACUAAUCUAAUGUACUAGGCGGCAAUAAAACUAUGGUCUGUAAUGCCCGAAAAUGUGAAUUUCUGGAUUGAAACCGAUACAUUGCAGAGAUCAGACCAGCAGAUUGGAGUUUAUAUCUCUGCUGCCUUAGGAUCUAGGACAAUAGUUGUUUUUUAUCUGUAGCUUCUGAGCAAUCUAAUUUUAUUAUAAGGGUUUAUUUUCAGUUCAUCUCGUAGUUUCACUAUAUUAUAUGGACAGGUUGUUUGCACUCAAUUCUUUUGGUGGGGGGCAGUAACAAGCUUUUGAAUAAUUCUCUCAAACAUAGCUGUGCCUUGGAUUUAGUCAGUCAGAUAAGUCAUUCAAUGCAACAUAAUUGUCUUGUUAUAGCUCAGAUUGCACUUAUGUGUUCCUAAACACUCUGUUAUUACAGUACCUGAUGCUAAGAGGGUGUAUUUAUUGCUAAAUAUGAUAAGCCUGUUACAGUGUAUCCCCCGUUGCGGAGAUGGGUGGAUUGCAUUGUAGUAUUUAGACUGUGGCAGUAUUAAGACUGACCGGUGUAUGGUGGUUUCAUUUCUGCUGAAACCGCUUUGCAAUAGCCACCAAUGAAGGACGAGUGUAUUAUCUCGCACUUGCAAUGUGUGCCAAUCUUGCAUUUAUAUAGUCUCUGACAAUCAAAUUUUUAUUUCUCACAGUAGUUAGUUUUGUUUUUAAUAUCUUCAUGCCAUUUACCAUUUUUAAUCACAAUUUUAGUAUAUAACCACAAUUGAAUUGUUUCUAAAACAGAUCACAAAUGUAAUGUAAUCGAAUGAUCAGAUUCAUAAACGGUUUUAUUAUUUGUACAGAGAUGUAACCGUCUGGGCUGGUAUGCUUUACAUUCUUAUGGUGAACUGUGAAAAGGUUGCUUAAUUACCUGGAAGAUCACAUUUCUGAACCCACUCUUGUAUGGAUUAACUUAACUGUAUGAUCUAAUUAAAUAGUCUAAAAUUCUAUGAUUACAUUCGAGGUUGUUCAGAAAUCUGUGAUCUUCCAAGACACUUUUUUUUUUUUACUUGUGAUGCUAACCUCUUACAUGAGACCAAACAGGUAUUCAUUUGUGGUCUGUCUGCGCUCUUCUGAAGCGGGUAAUACACAUUGUGAAUACUUUCGUGGGUAUCCUAUUAACAGCUGUAAUUUGCUGUAUGGCAAAAACAGGAAUUUUCAGUAAGUAUCGGAUAAGUCUAAGUAUAGCACAAUUUUAACGUGUGGUAAAUUACUCUGUAUUUCACGAAAACGCAUAGGUUGCGCGAAUAGCCGCAUUUCUGUUUCCUCAGCAGUAAUCACUGCUUCUGGGAAGACUUAUUGGGGAAUUGUUCUCACCUCCCUGAGGCAGGAGAACCAAACUCCCGAUAAGUGUUGUUGCCCAGGGCUAAUAGGAUAGUCCCAGACAUGCAAAUUAGCCGCAGUAAUUAACCACGACUAAUUGAAUAUCAGCAUUUUGGUUCUAUCUCUUACCGAGUAGUUCUUAGAGAACCCAGAUAGUAUUGGCAGUGCCCAGAUAGCAUGUUGGCAAAUGUCACUAGUACAAAAUGUGAUUCCUAUAGGCCAGUGUUUCUCAAACUCUGUCGUCAUCAAACUCCUAGCAGUACGUGUUUUCAAGGUAUCCUCAGGAAUAAUUAGUACUACCUGUAGAUCUGUUGUAAAAGUCAACUAACACACCUGUGCUUUAGCUAGAUCAUCUGGAAAACAUGUACUGUUGAGGUUCCAUGAGGGCAGUGAUUAAAGGUGCAUACACAUGGAGAGAUUUUGACUGAGAGAUUUCCCUUGAACUGGCAAUAGAGAUUUUGACUAACUUUUCCAGCGAUUUUGACUAUCCCAUUUAAGCAAGGGGAUGCUUUUUCUUUUCCAGCGACCUAGCCAAAACUGACUUGCCUGCACAGUCUAUUUUUAGCAGCGAUAGCAACCUGGCGGGGACGCACAUAGCUAUUGCUGGCUGUGUACACACAGAGCGAUAUGCACUAACUUUCUGAGCGAUUUUGACUAUAUAGUCAAAAUCUCUCAGCUAUAUCGCUCCGUGUGUAUGGACCUUAAGAAACACUGCUAUAGGCAGUUCCUCCUUUAUGCUGUAAGUUACGAUGAAGAGAUUUGUAAAGAAGCAUACACUUGAAAAUUAUUGAUGCCAUCUAUUUUUGCAGCUUUGUAUUUUUCACUGUUUAUUUUGUUUUUGUGGCAUUUUUAACCAUUUCUAAAUGUUAAAAGUGAUUGACAUAUUUAAAUGUACUGUUAUGAGCAAACAUGUUGCAUUGUUUCAGAUUUUAUUUUUCCUCGUGUUGUGUGCAUGGUUUGCAUUGUUGGACGGCAGCUUUGGCUGUAUAAGUGUAACAUUAAUCCUGAAAAGAUUUCUCCAAAACUGUCUAUUUUUUUUUUAUUGAUGGCAUUUAAAUUAAACAACAUUGACUUCAUUUUUAGGUGUGUACACACGUGCCGCUUCACCCUAUGCCCGAGGUUCCCAAAUGCGGUACUUAAGGCAUCCCAAUGGUCCAGGUUUUAAAUGUAUCCAUGCUUGGCCACAGGUGACUUAAUUAGCACCUAAGUCAAUUUGAUUUAACCAUCUGCGUAAGAUAAUACCAGGACCGUCAUGAUUAUGUGUCAUGUUUGUAUAUGAAAGCUUUUAUUACACUGAGUGAAGCGUGUGCUAUUGUGUUAUCCCACGUCGACAACUGGAAGGUGCCAAAUGCAUUAGGCUGUAAGUAAAGCAGCAGAGGAGAAGAUAGUACAUGACAUCUUAUGGUUUGGCAUUUGUUUCCAUUUGGACUACUACAGCAAAGAAGAUUGCCAUUGGAUUUUUUGGAGUCUAAUAAAAAUGUUAAUAAGAGGUGUGGGUGGAGUCUAUUUAAAUAAAAAUGUAUUAACCUAG